GCGGUCAGUACCUAGUCCCCAGUCGACUCGAGACAACAGUCAGUCAGUGGCAUGUGAGAGUGCGGCGAGGAGAGUGUCGUGUCGUGUCGUGAUAAUAGUCAGUGCUAGAGAGUGAUAGUGAUUCAAGGUCAUGAUACACUUCAAAACCUUGGUAGUUUUUGGAGCUAUUUUCUGCCUGGGCCUGGUAGAGACGACAGAUAAACCACCGGAUUCUGCUAAACCACGAGAUGUAAACAAAACUAUCGCCAAAGUAGAGGCUAUUUUAGCAAGGAAUCCAGCCCUCCCGAGACUGACCCGCGGUGAGAUCUUGGCCCUUUUCGAAAACAUCACCAAGACUGAUGCUGCGAAGUCGAAGCAACAGGAGUUGUUCAAGAGCAUGGUUGAAGAAAGUGGACGGCCAGAACACGAGAAAUCAUUAAUGGUUGUUCUUCCCUUUAAAACAAACACAAGCCAAGCAAACAACUUGGAAGAACUUUAUACCCGUCAACCGAUUACUAGAAUUGUAGGUAUGGAUUACACAACACCCACAGUGCCAACAUCACCAGCGACCGAAAGGCCUAAGCGGCCGAAAAAGAGGAAAAAUGGGACACGCAGAAAGCCGAUAGCCCAAGAAAUAAGACCAGUUUACAUAGACGAAUCGAGAUCAACUACAGCACAACCUAUGAUAGAAGAAAUUAAUUGGAACCCAAUGGAGGAAAAGGAGAACAGGCCAUCUGUUAAAAAGCAGCAUACCAAUGGAAUUGAGGUUCCACACUAUAUGCAAGAGACUUUAGAUACGUUUCAAAACUCGAACAACCAAAUUUUUGUUACCGUACCGCCUCAAAAAUCAACAAUGAGCCCUCAAGUCCCAACAACGACAAAAGAAACUUCAACACCAGUUCCGAAUAUAUCAGUAGCAGCUCAAUCAUUGACGCCAGAACUGAAAAAUUUAUUGGUAUCUUUGGGAUUACUUAAUUCUGACGGGAGUCAAGUAAAAUUGGGGACAACAACCACUACAACCUCCCGCCCACCUGCUCCCUUGAUACAGUACAUUUCAAUCAAUCCUACAGUAGAUCCAACUUCAUACAUAGUUUUUAAGCCCCUUCCGAUUGCAAGUUCGAGAGGGAACACUCAAGGAAGCCAUGAAGAACCUUUAUCGGACGAUAUGAGACAGUUUUUAGCUAGGUUUGGUUUGACUACAGACACUGAAAAUGCUCGAUCUCAAAAAGCGUUGAGCUCUAAAAGCACCAAUUUAUCAUCAACUACUUCUACUACCACAACCACAACCACAACAACGACAACAACAAAUGAACCACCGUUGAAAUCAUCUGGAGAAAUCAGUGAGGAGCCUUUUAAAAUUGACGCAGGUUUUCCUGUUAUAAACUCAGAUAUUCUUACUGAUGAUAUGAAAGACGUCCUAGAAAAUAUUGGCCUUAUGAAAAAAUCAAGGAAAAAACCAAAAGGUGUGAUUUUUAACCCCUCAAGAACUGCGGGGUUAUUGAAUCAAACGGAAGAGAAAGAAAAGGUGAGUAAGCUUUUGUCAACAAUAAAACAACUGUCAGAGGCAGAAAAAAACAAAACCCUAAGUACAGAAGAGGUUACACAACAAUUACAAAAUCUAACUGCCAGUCUAGUGGAUGAGAGCAAAGAGGAGGAUAAUGAUUCAGAUUUGGAAGUAGUAGAGGGCGAGAGCUCAGAAAUGAACUAUGAAGGGUAUGAACCUGCAGAAGAAGAGUUGCUGAAGCUACAAAAUGGAUUCAUUGAUGAUGAGUUAAAGGAUGACUUUCCUUUAGAAAUAUCCCAGCCUGACAAUAACAACCAAAAUAAUGAACUAUCUUCUGACAUGAUUCAAGAUUCUAUAAACUCCAGCAACAAAGUGUCCGUGUUCAGCCAUUCCCUAAAAAACACCCAUAAUCCCCCGGACCCUCUUUCUUCUGAGGAACUUAAUCAUUUCGUCGAAAAUGAUAAAAAUGAAAUAAAACGGCAACAACCCAACAAACGUCAACAACCAGACAGCAGUACCACGGAAGGUUCAGAUGAAGUUUCUUCAUCAGCCUCUCCACCUUCAACCGAAACUCCUUCAGAUGAACCAAAGUCCAGUUCAGAAUCUCCUGCCGAAACUUCUGCAGAUGUCUCGCCGUCUGAUCUCUCUUCUUCUUUAGACUCCACUGCAGCUGCUGCUGAAGAAUCCACUAAUGACGAAGACGAUUCUACACCUUCUCAAGAUGAUCUUAUAGACUCUUUUGGAGGUGACAAUCCCCCGGAAAACAGACCCAACGGUCUUUACUUUCUCGUAGACUGGAACACAUUCUUGAGGGUCGGUACAGACAAUAGGACUGUUGACUUAAAUUUCUCACCAAAGGUAGGGGAUCCAAAGAAUUUCCUCCCCGUCACUGUGCCUUGAAGAAAUCUGUGAACAUUACGUUAUAUUUAUUAUAAUAUUUAUUUUAAGCCUAGAAAUAGUCAUCAGUCUACUAUAGUCGUUUAUAUACAAUGUGUAUAGUAGCUUUAUUUUGUAUAGUAAAAUAAGCUGUAAAUAGUUCUGCACAUAUCAUAAAUUAUUUAAAUCCACAUUUAAAAGCCAGUAUGUCCAAUGACAAUAGAUUUUAGAGUCAAAUAUUUGAAAGCUUAUAAGGAAUGAAAUUUGUUUCAACCAGAGUAGGCUAACCAUAAUUAGAUUAAUUUUAGAAGUACCGCACUAAUAUUGUAGUUUAAUUAAUGAAAAUCUAAUGAUUAUGAAAUUGUCUACGUAAUCAUUAAAUGUUUGUAUAAAAACUUUAAGUUUCCAUUAUACUUUGCAAUAUUUCAAUAUGUCUAGCCCCAAAUCAAAUUAAGAAGUAAAUUAAAGUGACAGUAACAUAUUUAAAAACUUUCAUUUUGUUUGUGUAAAUAUUAUUAAUUAGUGUUAAUCGAAUCUUGCCAAACUACAAAAAACCAUUGCAAUCAAACUUACACAAUUUUCAGUAUUCAGUGACUGCAAAUCUCAAUUUUUGAGGAUAUGAGGUUUUACAUUUGAGUAAACCAAAGUAGUUGGUUUAUUAUUUCAACCACGAAUAAUUAAAUUCAGUAAUUCACAAUGUUUGUAAGAAUAUUUCAGUAACCAAUGCCACUGUAACUUGAAACAGAACGCAGUUUCACAUGGUUUGAAGGUUGAACACAUCACAGUUUGAACGGAGACACACAACUAUGAUUUUUAUAUCACUCAUUAUUCCACUUAACUAUUAUUGUAAAUGUACAAAUGUAAAUAUAUCUAUAUUUUAAAGAUAA